GUCUCUCAUAAUAUCUCAGUUAUUUAUUUGGUUAUAUGGUUUCAGCUUUUUACAACUCUCGUUUUCAUUAUUAUUGUUCGUAAAUAGAUAUCUGUAAAAUUCCAAAAAGUUCCAUUUAAUAUAACUAGACAAUGGACUUUGAUGAUCUGGAUGAGCAUAUUAGCUUUGAGGAAGAAGUUUCGAGAAUUCGUUCUCGUAUUCUAUUGUCUUCUACAAGAACUGCCAGUUAUGAUGAACUUAUCAAUAAAUAUAGCGCCUUCAACGAUGUUUUACGGGAAGCUAAAAAGAGAGGAAGGCUAAUAAGCUCUGUUUUAGUUGCUGCGGAGGGUAUUCUACAGUUUGCCUUGUCUUCCACGGAAAUAACCACGUCUAGGGAUUCCCCACGUUUAAAUCUGUGCAGCAAGGAGGAAGCGAAGCUUCUUCAGCAGCUUCUUAGAAUGUAUAUGCACCUGUAUUCGAAUUAUCCAGUUCCUACCAGACAGCAAUGGAAAGAGGCGGUGGUUUUGAUGAUUUCAAAUGAGGUUGAUAUUACUUCUAUUCAAAAAGAUUUCAACUUCAACACGGUUUCUCAUUCUUCAUAUAUUACAGCACUCCUUCAGGUUUUGCAAAUGUCGAUGGAAACUACUACGUUAUGCGAGAUAGAGAGCGAUGACGGCUCCUUUGUCGAUGCUCAAUUUAUUUAUCUUUUGAAGCGUCUUCUUAUUUUGGGUCGAAAAAGCGUCCCUCGUAGCAGUGUGGUGAAUACACAGAACGCUACAAAGACUAUAAAUGAGAUGCUUCAGGCUGUUCGGCAGUUUGUCAACAGUAACACGAUCGAUUGGUGAUGUCAAGCGUGCUUUUAGUCUGCUUCCGUUUAACAACACUUUAUUAAUUAACUUCAUUGUAAACUAAUUGCGCGAUUAAAAACACUCUGUAACAUUCGAGUUAUUUUCAAUUAAAGAAAAAAAAAUUCCUUAACCUUUCACUUACGGAAAGGACUUCUAUUGGCUG